AUGUUUGGAAACCUUGUGAAGAUCCAGGGUUGUAUCAUGAACCAGAUGAGUGAAAUCAUCUUCCUGGAAUCUCUGUUCAUUUGGGCUCUGGAUUGUGAAGGAGCACACAGGUUCCAGUGGAUCAGGAAUCUGGUCCCAGAGUUUGGGAUCUCCAGCUCGCACAUCAAGGUGCUCUCGUCCCCAGCGGAAUUCUAUGAACUCCUGAAGGUGCAGAUAAGAGCAGCCAAGCAGCGGGUGGUGAUGGCCUCACUGUACCUGGGAACAGGACUCCUUGAGCAGGAGCUGGUGUAUUGCUUAGAAGAAACACUGGAGAAAUCACUGCAAGCAAAAGGCUCACCUGACCUCAGAGUUUCCAUUCUGCUCGACUACACCAGGGGCUCCCGGGGCAGGAAGAACUCUCGAACCAUGCUGAUCCCGUUGCUGCAGCGAUUUCCCGGGCAGGUCCGCGUGUCCCUGUUCCACACCCCGAACCUGCGUGGGCUGCUCCGGCUGCUGAUCCCUGAGCGCUUCAACGAGACCAUUGGGCUGCAGCACAUCAAGGUCUAUCUCUUCGAUGACAACGUGAUCCUGAGCGGUGCAAACCUGAGCGAUCUGUACUUCACCAAUCGUCAGGACCGCUACGUCCUGCUGCGGGACUCUCCCGAGAUCGCAGACUUCUUCACGGAGCUCGUGGAUGCCAUUGGAGACGUGUCCCUGCAGCUGCAGCAGGAUGACACAGUCCAGAUGAUGGAGGGAAUGGUACACCCAUACCAGGGAGACAAAGUGGCUUACUGUGAGAUUGCCAACCGGAGGGUCAUGGAGGUCAUCAACUCAGCCCGCACACGACAAGAGCUCCUUCAUGCAAAGACUUUCCACAGCAGCCAGCCAGGCAGCUCCCUCUUAUCCCAGCAAGGCUCUCAAGCAUCUGGGAGUCUGAAACCAGAGCCCGACACCUGGAUCUACCCCUUAAUCCAAAUGAAGCCCUUUGGGAUUCAAAUAGACGAGAUGGUCACAGAGACACUGCUGACAGAGGCUGAGCGGGAUGCCAGGAUUUACCUCACCACUGGCUACUUCAACUUGACUCAGGCCUACAUGGACCUCAUCCUGGGCACGAGGGCUGAGUACCGCAUCCUCCUGGCCUCGCCAGAGGUCAAUGGCUUUUUUGGUGCCAAAGGAGUGGCAGGUGCCAUCCCUGCUGCCUAUGUUUACAUUGAACACCAGUUUUACAGUGAGGUCUGCUACCUGCAGCAGCAGCAGAGGGUGCAGCUACAGGAGUACUCCCGUGCUGGGUGGACCUUCCAUGCCAAAGGCCUCUGGCUGUACCUGGCAGGGAGCGACCUGCCCUGCCUGACCCUGAUUGGCUCUCCAAAUUUCGGCUAUCGGUCCGUGCAUCGCGACUUGGAAGCUCAGGUCGCGAUAGUGACAGAGAACAGAGCCUUGCAGCAGCAGCUGCACCAGGAGCAAGAGCAGCUUUACCUCUGCUCAGGUGUGGUCUCAACAUCAACGUUUGAGCAGCCAAAUCGUUAUGUAAAACUGUGGGUGAAGCUGGUGACACCUCUGAUCAAGAAUUUCUUUUGAAAGAACAAAAAUUGCUGCUUUAGACACAUGCAGGAGCGUGAGGAGUUUCUGCUCAGUUCGCGCUGAGCCGUCACACACAGAGCUGUGGGAAGAUGGAGAGCCAGAAGAG